ACGAUGGAGAAGUGGCAACGAUAUAGAGGACGUGCCAAAUAACUAAGAAGAUGUUGGAGAUCCUGUUGCUAGAAACUUCGCCUGCUGCUAGACUGCUAGUAAUAAACUAAGGGGAAAAAAUAAAUAAAAGAUCGGAUCGGAGAUACACACGACCGGCGUGCAUAAGAAAAUUUGUCGUAUCACGUUGACACAAGAGUAGCAGGGAGUAAUACGUAAUUCACAAAUGGCUUCGUCGAAGAUCGAGUUCGCGGUGCACAUGACGUGCGAAAAGUGCGUCGAUGCGAUCGCCAAGAGUCUAGCGGGUCUGGAUGGCAUCCGGAAUGUCGAUAUAUCGCUGGAACAGGGCACAGUCACCCUCGAAGCGAGCCUACCUUACUCCGUCGUGCAGGAAAGGAUUGAAAAAACCGGAAGGCAGGCAGUGUUGAAGGGAUUCGGAGACGGAUCGAGUGCGGUGUCGAUGCUGGGCGGGGACUCCGGAUACAGCGUGGGUAAUCUGAUCAGAGGAGUAAUAAGAUUCGCGGAAGGCCCAGACGGAUGCGUCAUAGACGGUACGAUUGACGGUUUAACUCCGGGCGAGCACGGCAUUCACAUUCACGAAUGCGGCGAUAUAUCUAAUGGCUGUGAUAACGUAGGCGAACACUACAAUCCAAACAAUUCGCCACACGGCGAUCCCGGGGACGAUCUGUCCAAGAGGCACAUUGGCGAUCUUGGCAAUAUCCACGCGGACGCUACUGGCAGAGCUGCCUUUCGGAAGUCGGACAGGUUUCUCAAGGUACCCGAUAUCAUUGGUAGGUCCGUCAUUAUCACCAAGGAUCCUGACGAUCUUGGAAGAGGCGACAGUCCAGAAUCCAGGAUAAAUGGAAAUAGCGGGGCUAGGCUGGCCUGCGGCAUUAUAGCCAGGUCGUCCGGAUUAUUUCAAAAUACGAAGAAGAUUUGCGCGUGCGACGGCCUAACUAUAUGGGACGAAAGAGAUCGGGCGAUUAACCACGGUACAAAAAGUCGUACAGAGUCAAAUGAGAGAAUGUGCACGUUAAUUUGAAAACUUCAAGUGUUACCUGUAUUCGCUUUAUGCGAUAAAAUUUCGUACUGUUAAUUAUUAAUAUAGAAAAAAAUCUUCAUUUGGUGGAGAGGAAAGAAAGAGCAAAGGAAAGAAGGAUUUUCCUGGUCUCCUAUGCUUUUUAUUUUAUUUUUAAAAGAUUAUAAGUGUGGGAGUUUUUUCUAGUAAUCGUAUAUGUGAUCCUUGAAUUUAUUGCGACAUAAUUUCUCGAGAAACAAUUUGAUUACGUGAAAUAAUUCGUACGCUUUUUCUUUUCAGCAAACUUGUAAGUCGCACGAAGACGUAACGCGAUUGAACUAACAAAGAACACAUUCCAGAAUGCCUCUUGAACAGAUAUAAAUGUACCACUUUUCGGUAAAAUGAAAUAUAUUAGAUAUCUAGUCUG